CACGCCCUGUUCUGUCCGGGAUCAUAACGGAGUUCCUCCUCGCUGCUGCUGCUUCUCUUAGGUGAACCGACAUGGCGCUGGUGUCCGAGUUUCUGGGUCAGCUGACGCUGUCGUACACUGGGGAGCCAGAUCCCAGAUUUCCCACUGUGGUCCCAGCACGAGACUUUGACCCGGCCAGGGAUGCUGCCAGGAUUGAAACCGCCAUCAAAACUAAAGGAGUAGACGAACAGACCAUCAUCGACAUCCUGACCAGACGGAGCGCCGAGCAGCGAAGAGACAUCGCUUUUGAGUAUGAACGACUCGCCAAGAAGGAUCUGAACACCGCCCUGAAGGGGGCGCUGUCUGGCUCUCUGGAGGCUCUGAUGCUGGGACUGAUGAAGGGAACCACCCAGUACGACGCCUCCGAGCUCAAAGCCUCCAUGAAGGGGCUAGGAACCGACGAGGAGACCCUCAUCGAGCUGGUCUGCUCCAGGAACAACGAAGAGCUGACGGAGAUCAAGAGGGUCUACAAAGAGCUGUUUAAGAAAGACUUGGAGAAGGACAUCGCAGGAGACACGUCGGGAGACUUCCUGAAGCUGCUGCUGGCUCUGGUUCAGACGAAGAGAGACGAGCCCUCCAAUGUUGUGGACUACGAGAAGAUCGACGACGAUGCCAGAUCUCUGUACGAAGCCGGGGUGAAGAGGAAGGGAACUGACGUGGCCACCUGGAUCGCCAUCAUGUCCCAGAGGAGCGUCCCCCACCUGCAGAAAGUGUUUGAGCGGUACAAGAGCUACAGUCCCUACGACAUCAAGGAGAGCAUCAGGAAGGAGGUGAAGGGAGAUCUGGAGAGGUCCUUCCUCACUCUGGUGGAGUGCUUUGAAAACAAGCAGCUGUACUUCGCCAACAGACUCAGUGAGGCCAUGAAGAGUAAAGGAGCCAAAGAGAAGGUGGUGACCAGGAUCAUGGUGUCUCGCUGUGAAGUGGACCUGGUCAAGAUCAGGACAGAGUUCAAGAGGCAACACAAGAGGUCUCUGUACCAGACCAUCGCUGAACACACUAAAGGAGACUACCAGAAAGCUUUGCUCAGCCUGUGUGGUGGAGACGACUGAGAGCUCCCAGAAUGCAGCGGUGCUGAGCCACUCCCAUCUUCAUGUCUAAUAUCAUAUUAAAUAUCUGUGAACAUUUUAACUCUGAUCAGCUUCACUUUCAGCAAUAAAAUACAUCAAAAACUG